AUGUCCAGUUGGGUGAGUUGCGUGGUGCUUGUUUUGCUAGCGGUGGCAUCCAUCCGUGCCUCUACCAUUCCGGAGGCGAGGCACCCUGUCGAUCCGCACGACCGACAGAAUCCCCGGCCGGACCGCAAAGCGGCAGUAGCCGCCGUGCCCGUGUACGAUGUGGCCGAAGAAGAAUCAGAGUAUUGGCACACAACGGCCCAGAAAUCGUUGCAAGAUCAUACCGCGCUGCCAAAAACUGAUCGCCGAGCCAAGAAUGUGAUAUUUUUCAUCGGUGACGGUAUGUCCCUAACGACGGUGGCUGCUACCCGGAUGUAUCUGGGCAACGAGAACGUUUCCCUGUCCUUCGAGCAGUUCCCGUACUUCGGUCUGACGAAAACCUACUGCGUCAAUCGGCAGGUGGCUGAUUCGGCGUGUACGGCCACCGCUUACCUGUCCGGGGUGAAGAUCAAUUAUGCGAUGCUGAAUGUGGCGGCCAGUGUGAGACGCACCACCUGCGAGUACGAUCACGAAGCAACGGAGUUUACGGGUUUGCUCCAUUGGGCGCAGCAGGCUGGAAAGAAGACGGGAGUCGUCACGACUACGCGCAUCACGCAUGCCAGCCCGGCCGGUGCUUACGCCAGCAGUGCCGAUCGCGACUGGGAAGAUGACAGUGAGAUAAAUGCCGAUUGUCCCACGACGCCGAAUGAAAACAAACCGAAGGACAUUGCGAGCCAGCUCGUGCACGGUACUGUCGGUAAGCAUCUGAACGUGGUGCUAGGUUGUGGUCGUCGCCAUUUCCUACCCAAGGCAACAGUAGACGAGGAUAACAAAAGUGGAACCCGUUCGGAUGGCGUUAACCUGAUCGAUGAAUGGAAAGCGGUACAUAGUGGCAUGGGUGAGGCACAGUACGUGUCCAACAAGCCGAGCCUAAUGGAAGCCGCAAAGUCGAAGAAGCUGAACUAUCUGCUGGGUUUGUUCGAGAGCAGUCACUGUCUUUACAACUUGGAAAUCGACGAUAUGAAGGUCGGCGAUCAGAAACCGAAGCUGACGGAAAUGGUGGACGCCGCGUUAAGCAUGCUGGAAGACAGCGAGAAGGGCUACGUGCUGUUUGUGGAAGGUGGUUUAAUCGACACAGCUCAUCAUUCGAACCGGCCGCGCCUUUCGCUGGAGGAAACGAACGAAUUCCACAAAGCGAUCGAUCUGGCCCGCAAGCGCACGAGCGAGGAAGAUACGCUUAUUGUGGUUUCGUCGGACCAUAGCCAUACACUGAUGUUCAACGGAUAUCCGACUCGUGGAAGUGACAUUUUGGGCAUUGGUGACGUCAGUGAUGUUGACCGACUACCCUACACAACGCUCAGCUAUGCAAAUGGUGAAGGGUUCUACCAAACCUACGUCGAUGGCAACCCAGCCCAGCGCAUCGACAUUAGCAGCUAUGACUUCAGCAGCUAUCGGCAGCGUUAUCUGGCCACCGUACCACUGUCGUCGGAAACGCACGGUGGCGAAGAUGUCGGUGUGUACGCCAGCGGUCCGGGUGCCCAUCUGUUCAGCGGCAACACGGAACAGAACGUGUUACCGAUGCUGAUGGCAUACGUCGCCAACAUCGGUGAAGAGUUUGGUUGGGUGACGAACGACGAUCAGCAAACUGGUGAUGAGGAUGAUGAUGAUGAUGAUGGUGCUGCCAGCAUGGUGUCUAUUUCGCACCUGCUGCUCAUGUGUCUAGCACUGGUUGGAACAUUCGCUCGGCAGCUGUACCGGGUAGCGUAG